UUGUGAUUUUAAAAACAAAAUAUUCAUUUGAAUAAGAAAUUGUUAAAUGUUCAAGACAAACCAAAACAAAAAAAAUGAUUUAGGAAAAUUUUUGUCUUGGAUUUUGAGACAUGGAGCAUUGAAAGAAGGUAUUCCUGUCGGCGUAGAUGGAUUCGUAUCAGUUAACAAUUUAUUAGAACAUAAAUUCGUCCAAGGUAGAUUCACUGAAAGAGAUAUUAUCGAAGUUGUGGAAACAGACGAGAAGGGACGAUUUGCCUUACGCUUGAAUGAAAAUAGUUUGGAUAUAAGAGCCAAUCAGGGGCAUUCUUUAAACCAUAUUCAAGAAUUAGAUCUCAAACCUAUCACUAGUCCGAUUAAUGUCACAUGUGUUAUUCAUGGAACAUUCCUGAAAAAUUGGGAAAAAAUUAAGUCAGAAGGUCUACAUCGAAUGGGAAGGAACCAUAUACAUUUUUCACAAGAUCGACCAGAUUGUAAUAAACAGAUAAGUGGUUUGAGGAAGAACUCUGAGAUCUUCAUUUAUAUAAAUUUAGAAGCAGCUCUUGCAAGUGGUUUAAAAUUUUUUUGUUCUGCAAACGGUGUAAUUCUUUGUCCAGGAAAUCAAAAGGGUUUUAUUGAACCAAUUUUCUUUGAAAAAGUUUGCAGAAGUGAUGGUAGUCUAUUGAAAUUUUGA